AUGGCUCUUCCUCUUACUGGCAAGCUUGCCAUUGUUACUGGUGCCUCUCGAGGUAUCGGUUUGGCCAUUACCAAGGCCCUGGCUGCCCGCGGCGCAAACCUCAUCCUCGCCUACACAUCUGCCAACUCUGCCGCCUCAACAGCCGACAUCGCUUCUGAAUUGGCUUCCAAGCACUCUAUCAAGGCUGUUCCCAUCCAGGCCGACCUCGGUACCGUCGCGGGCCCUGCCUCUCUCAUUGCCCAAGCCGCCGAUGCUUUCAGUCCUCUGCGCAUUGAUAUCCUUGUCAACAAUGCUGGUGUCGCUCUCAACGAUAAGGUUCCCGAUAUCAAGCCCGACCACUUCACAACCAGCUACAACGUCAAUGUUCUCGGUCCUCUGCUUCUCGUCCAGGCUGCAAUUCCUUACCUUCCCACAGACCGUUCCGGCCGUAUCAUCAACCUCAGCAGUGUCAGCGCCAGCCUGGGUUUCGUAGGCCAGAGUGUCUACGGUGGUACAAAGGCUGCUCUCGAGGCCAUGACACGAACCUGGGCUCGUGAGCUCAGCGAGAGAGCUACCGUUAACGCCAUCAACCCUGGCCCUGUCCGCUCAGAGAUGUACUCGCGCAACUCAGAUGAGUUCAAGCGUCUCAUCAAGCCCUUCAUUCAGAAUGCGCCUCUCAUGGCUGCUCGUCCUGGCGUUGACGACCCUGAGAUUGUUGAGGAGGCCAAGACUGCUGGUGGUCGUGCUGGUGAAGCUGAUGAGAUUGCUGGUAUUGUUGCCAUGCUUGCCAGCCCUGAAAGUGCUUGGGCUACAGGUCAGGUCAUUUGUGCUAACGGAGGAAUGAUUUUCGGUAUGCAAUAG